AUGCUCUUUGAAGGCUUGGAGCUGGUGUCGGCGCUGGCCACCCUCGCCGCGUGCCUGGUGUCGGUGACGCUGCUGCUGGCCGUGUCGCAGCAGCUGUGGCAGCUGCGCUGGGCGGCCACCCGCGACAAGAGCUGCAAGCUGCCCAUCCCCAAGGGCUCCAUGGGCUUCCCGCUCAUCGGAGAGACCGGCCACUGGCUGCUACAGGGUUCUGGUUUCCAGUCGUCGCGGAGGGAGAAGUAUGGCAACGUGUUCAAGACGCACUUGCUCGGGCGGCCGCUAAUCCGUGUGACGGGCGCGGAGAAUGUACGCAAGAUCCUCAUGGGUGAGCACCACCUUGUGAGCACCGAGUGGCCACGUAGCACACGCAUGCUGCUGGGCCCGAACACGGUGUCCAACUCCAUCGGCGAUAUCCACCGGAACAAGCGCAAGGUCUUCUCUAAGAUCUUCAGCCACGAGGCCCUGGAGAGCUACCUGCCCAAGAUCCAGCUGGUGAUCCAGGACACGCUGCGUGCCUGGAGCAGCCACCCCGAGGCCAUCAACGUGUACCAGGAAGCUCAGAAGCUCACCUUCCGUAUGGCCAUCCGCGUGCUCUUGGGCUUCAGUAUCCCCGAGGAGGACCUGGGGCACCUCUUCGAGGUCUACCAGCAAUUUGUGGAGAACGUCUUCUCCUUGCCCGUCGACCUGCCCUUUAGUGGCUACCGGCGGGGCAUUCAGGCACGACAGACGCUGCAGAAGGGCCUGGAAAAGGCCAUCCGGGAGAAGCUGCAGUGUACGCAGGGCAAGGACUACUCGGACGCGCUGGACAUCCUCAUCGAGAGCAGCAAGGAGCACGGGAAGGAGAUGACCAUGCAGGAGCUGAAGGACGGGACCCUGGAGCUCAUCUUCGCUGCCUACGCCACCACCGCCAGCGCCAGCACCUCACUCAUCAUGCAGCUGCUGAAGCACCCGGCCGUGCUGGAGAAGCUGCGGGAGGAGCUGCGGGCCAAGGGCCUCCUCCACAGCGGCGGCUGCCCCUGCGAGGGCACACUGCGCCUCGACACACUCAGCGGGCUCCACUACCUGGACUGCGUCAUCAAGGAGGUCAUGCGCCUGUUCACGCCGGUGUCCGGCGGCUACCGCACCGUGCUGCAGACCUUCGAGCUCGACGGUUUUCAGAUCCCCAAAGGCUGGAGUGUCAUGUACAGCAUCCGGGACACACACGACACAGCGCCCGUGUUCAAGGACGUGAACGUUUUCGACCCCGAUCGCUUCGGGCAGGCGCGGAGCGAGGACAAGGACGGCCGCUUCCAUUACCUCCCUUUCGGCGGCGGGGUCCGGACCUGCCUCGGCAAGCACCUGGCCAAGCUGUUCCUGAAGGUGCUGGCGGUGGAGCUGGCCAGCACCAGCCGCUUCGAGCUGGCCACCCGGACCUUCCCCCGCAUCACCUUGGUGCCCGUCCUGCACCCUGUGGAUGGCCUCAGCGUCAAGUUCUUUGGCCUGGACUCCAACCAGAACAAGAUCCUGCCAGAGACCGAGGCCAUGCUGAGCGCCACGGUCUAA